UAUGUUCAUGUUUUUUCGGAGACACAAAGAAACAUUAUGGUACUGACACACAGAAAGCCCCCACAAGAAAAGAAGCAAUGAUAUAUGUUGUUGUGUGUGAAGUGAAAUGAUGAGGAACACACUGGUAUCAGGGCUGUAAAGUAAAGGAAGAGAAGCAGUGAGCAAAAAGCAAAACGAGAAAAAGGAAAAAGAAACGACGUCGUUAUGAUUCCCGGAACCAGUGUCGGCGGUAGAAGGGACACGCUAUCAUCGCUGGACCUUUUUCCCUUCGCUUUCCCACCAAAACUUCGUUUGUUCCUUUCAAAUAACCACUCUCACUCUCACUCUCACAUCCUUGUUAAUUAAUCCAUUCGUUAAUUAAUGCUGUCGCCGUUUUCGUCCAUGCCGGAAAUCCCCGUCGAUUUCCGCGCGCCGCCUCCCUCUCCGGUGGCAUCCGGCCGGAGAUCCACCGUCACCAACGACGACGUUUUGACCGAGUUUCUAGAGGCCUCGCUCCGCGUCCCCGAUCUUGUCCUGCCGGACAAGAUCUUCCCCAAACAGAAGCACCUCGACGCGCCUCCCGAGGUAGACUUCGUGUCGCUCUGCUUCCACCGCGACGACGCUCUCCGCGACGUCGUUUCCGAUUCCCUUGCCAGGAUCGGGUGCUUCCAGCUGCUAAACCACGGGAUUCCGUCACAGCUGGUGGAGUCAGCCGCCGAGGACGCCGCCGGAGUGUUCCAGGUGCCGCAUGCAAAGCGUGCAGCAGCGACUAGGUCACCGGAGAAGCCCUGGGGGUUCGAAGAGUAUCACGCCGGAGAGGAGGAAGAAGAAGGUAGUGAAGAAUUCGUGUGGUGCAAUGAGGAGGAGUUGAAGUCGAAAAUGGAGGGAAUUUGGCCCAUUGGAUAUCCAAAUUUCAGUGAAAAGAUGGAAAAGCUUAUGUCACGGAUAGAAAUGGUGGCUAUGAAAAUGAUGCAUGUGAUACUGAAAAAGAAGAGUGCAGAAUUUGACAAUGGGAAUGAGACAGGGAAUGUUUGUUGCAUUUAUAAGCAUGGUGGUGAUAAUACUAAGGAUUCAUUGGCUAAUUCCUUGAAAUAUGAUGUGAUUAGAAUGCUGAUUAGGGGAACCGAUUACUCUCAUUCAUUGUGCUUUCAUCUAUGCAAUGGCACUUCACAGUUUCAUGUUUACUCCAAGAAAAGUUGGCUCUCUUUCUGCCCUGAGCCAGGUGCCCUUAUAGUCACUGCUGGAGAUCAAAUUCAGAUAUUGAGUGGUGGACUGUACAAAAGUGUGAUUGGAAGACCAAUAUUUAAAGCAGAGAAAAAACAGAGCAUUUCAAUGGCUUUCCUCUGUUCUCAUCAAAACAAGAAGAAGAAUUUUGGAAGCCAUGGGAGUAGAAGUGUUUCACUUUCCCAGCAAGCCAUAUUGGCUUUAAUUCUGCCCCUUGUGUACCAUGUCAUGAUUUUUCUCUACAAAAAACUUCAUUCAUGAAAACCAAAAUACAAAUCUAUAUGCUCCUUUUUUGGAAGGGGUUUUAAAAUCCUAAUUUCUCUUAUUAAUUGAUUGACAUGGUUAUCACUUUAUUUAUAUUUAUUAAGGAUAUAAUGUAAUUUUUCACUCAACAAACCAAAAACACCUUUGAAGUCUUGUUUAUGAAUCCUCCAUUCUCAGUGACAGCAAUGUUGCACCGUUCCCUCCGUUCUCAGACACAGAUAGUAAUGGACCCGCCACCAAUUUCAACCAACCACCUGCGUCAGCUUCUCAAUCGUUCUUUCAAGGCAGACAAAUUAUAUUUUAGUAUUUAUUUAAAAUAUAAACAUGUAAAGAUUAAUUUUGGCUUCUUUUAUGUCUCAGCUUAUUAAAUGCAUUACCUUAUUAAAUGUAUUGCAUUGCACCGAUUACAACUUCUUUGUAAAACGUACAAGUGUAAAAGAUAGAGUUUUAAUUCUCUCACGGUUAUAAAUUCUAUGCUACU